AGUUCCAUACCUGUGGAGCACACCGCACGCGCGCCCGGCGGACUCCCUCCCCUCCCCUCCCCCCUUUGCCCUCCACUCCGCUGCCGGCACCGGCCGGCGAUGGCCACGGCCGCCGCCUCUACGUCGCUCCGCCCGCCGUCGGCAUCGCAGCGUCGCCUGGCGAGUCUGCCGCGUCGGUGGUGUUGGGGGAUCCCGGUGCGGCCCGCCGGGGGGAGUGCAUUCCGUGCGGAGCGGCGGAGGCGGAGCACUCUAUUAUGCGCAGCUGAUAAACCCCGUGAAGAAUCCCUCAAGAAGACUAUCGAAGUGGACAGGCUGAUUGAUAUGUUGAGGGAUGCAAAUCCUAGAGAGCUUGAUCAAGUUGUGGUUGAAAAUGUUCUGGCAUUCGACGCUGGUUUCUGGGUUCGGCUGGCAGCUAGAAUUGAUCUCUGCAAAUCGGAUGAUGAUAAAAAAGAUUAUGAAGAGCUGGCUGAAAAUGUCAUGAACAUUGUUGACCGGCUUGUUCAUAAGACUGAUCAAAAGAUUGAACAAUCAACUGAUGUGCUGAAGGCAAUCAUUAGUCCUGUGAUGCAUGAAGGAGAUGUGAAGUGGCCACCAAGAGAACCAGACACACUCAAAUUGAUGGAGAAAGAAAUAUCACGGCGAGAACAAGAAGGACAGCUUGAUGAGGGAUUUCUGUCAGAAGUUAGUGCUCAAUUGAGGCAAGCUAAACAAGAUGGAGAUAAGCCAGGGCUUCAAGCUAUGCUGCAAAAGGUGUUGCAGUUAUAUGCUUCCAAAUCUCUCCAAAAACGUAGUUACGCAUACAAAGGGGGGCAAGUUGUAGUUCCUGAAAAGUUUCUUGAAUCCAUAAUACAGGCGCCUGAGAAUGAGUGGAACAAGGUGUUGCUUGAUGGACUUACUGUAGGAAAAGGAGACAUUUCACCAUAUGAUCUUUAUGCCGUUAUUAGCAAGAGAAUUGAGCGAGUCUUGAUUCGCAUGGAAGGUGGUUCUUACCAGCAACGCAUUCUUGUGGAGUUUCUAAAAGAAAUACAAGCUAGAGCAGAGGAAGUUGUCAAAGUGCUUCAAGGACCAACUAUUUAAAAUAUGCUGAUCCGGUUUACACUAUAAAUGUUUUUUUUAAUCAUAGUCUGAUGGGACACUUGGCUCUGGCUGAAUUUUGUUGAUGGUGUUUCACAGAUAACUAUGAGCAGAUAUACCUGUGGCUCGGACCAGAUCACACAAAGGGAUGGGUGCGCAGGAAAUGGAAAGGAGACAUAUAGAGCCAUGGGAAAUGUGCAAUUACAGCAAGUCGCCCGUGAUUUUUUUUUUUGAGUGAUCGCCCAUUUUCAGUUUGGUUUAGCUGUCAGGAUAUUGAGAUGAGAUUUCUGUGGGUCUUGUCUGGCUGAGAACUGCAAUAUAGUAAACAGAUGAGAAGUGGAAAUCCUGAUACCAAAGUUCGAUGAGGGCAAUGCUAUAACCUGUCCUAGGAGUACUGUGGAUCUGGAAGAUUUGAAUCCGGUAUACGAAUAUCCUUCGCAUGGAGUAGAAGAGUAGCUGUCUCUCGUGUUGCCCUUGUUCACUGGAUUGUUUUAUCAGGAGUGUCAUCAGCACAAAAUAAUAUAUCACAUCAGCAAAUUUACGGAUCGAGUUGUUCA